UCCCUCUGUUUCCCUCAGAAAGCGCGUCGCUCUCGCGGGCGCCAUUUUGAGCGGCCGCCUCGCCUUCUUUCCUCUUUUUUUUUUUUCUUAACCCCCUCCCCCACCCCGUCGCCGUUCUCCGGUUUCUCCUCGGGACCCGCCGGGCGCGCCAUGCAGGCGGGCGUGAAGGUGUUCGUGGGCAACGUUCCUGAGGAGGCUUCGCAGGUAGAGUUGCGCGACCUCUUCGAGGCGGCCGUGCCGGGCGAGGUGCUGAAAGUGGCCCUCAUGAAGCAGUUCGCCUUCGUCCACCUCCGCGACGAGGCGGCGGCCGAGCGCGCCAUCCAGAAACUCAACGGCCACCUGCUGCACUGCCACCGCGUCGUUGUCGAGCUCUCCCGCCCGAGGCCCACCCACACCGUCAAGAUCUUCGUCGGCAACGUCUCGGCCGCCUGUACCAGCGGCGAGCUCCGCGUCCUCUUCCAGGAGUUCGGGCCCGUCGUCGAGUGCGACAUCGUGAAAGACUACGCGUUCGUGCACAUGGAGAAAGACGAGGAUGCUAAAACCGCCAUUGAACACCUUAACGGAAGAGAAAUCAAGGGGAAAAGGAUUAACGUGGAACUUUCCAAUAAAACUCAUAAAAGGGGGAUUGCAGGAUACAUUGGCCAGUUCGGCGGAGAUGAAAAGAACAAAAUACCAACUUUAGAGAAUCUGCAGACCAGGAAUGAUGGCAUGAGAUCCAGUAACCUUGCCUUCUCAAUGGGGAAUCCGGGUUAUUCUUCACUUGACUAUGACUAUCAGCAGCGGAUGAACAAUAACACCAAAUUUGACUCGAAUGGCCAAGCCAGGCAGAUCUCCCCUUCUUUCUUCAGAAGGGACAGGAGCCCACUAAGACGCUCGCCCACGAGAGCAGGUUACUCGCUUCCCAUGACCGGCCAGCAAGCUUCCUACAGAGACCAGCCUGCAGCAUCACUUGGGAUGGCCUACAGGCCUCAACCUACCACUGGGCAGGCGGCCAUGUACCGAGCCCAGCCCUCGACCAUGCUGGCAAAUGCAUACAGAGCCCAGUCCUCUGUUGCCAUGGGACCCUCCAAUACUCAGGCGGCGGCAGCGGCGGCAGCCUAUAACACUCAAACCUACGGAACCCAGGCCACUGCUUCCCAAGUUGCCACUUACGAAGCCCAGCCCUCCACAACGUAUGCCGCCGCCGCUGCUGCUUAUGGGGCCCAAACCGCUGCCUCCUACGCUGCCUCCUACGGGGCCCAAGCAACUGCUCUCUCCGCCUCUUACGGAGCCCAGCCGGCAGCCAACCAGUCAGCCUUGUACGCAGCUCACACUCUAUCAGCCCAGCCUGCGUCCUAUGGAGUCCAGCCUGCUGUGGGCCAUGCUGCUUCCUAUGGGGCUCAGGCUUCGUCUGCGAUACAAUCUGCUUAUGGGACCCAGUCUGCAGCCAACCUGGCAGCUGCUUACGGCAUGCAGGAUGCUGCUGCGGCGGUGGCGGCUGCUUACAAAACGCAGCUUUCUGCUUCGUUGCCCACGGCCUACAGAGCCCCAGCAGAAGCAGCCUACGCAGUCCAGCAGUCUGCUUCGGCCCCCGUAGCAGCAGGGUAUAGGUCUCAGGCUGCAGCCUACAAUGGGUUGGCCCAGACCGGGCAGCAGGCAGCUUCCUAUGCGGGAAUGUCCCAGGCAGAAAGUGCCGUUCUCCACCCACUCUAUGAACGCACACGCCUCUCCCCACCACGCGGAAGCCGUGAGGAUCUCUACAGAAAAGCGGCUGCCAUGAACAAGAGGUACAGUUCUGAUCUCUCAGAUGACCGCCGUUUAUCUGACUUCUCUGAUUUCCGCCGCUUAUCCGACUCCCCCCAUGCGUACCGCCACUCGCCAACAAAAGCUCAACUGGAUUAUCGCCGCCUCCCUGAAAUGCAGUCUGAUGCCCGUUACGCAGGUGCCUAUAGCGAUUACUUGCGUAACGCACAACUGCAGCUGCAUGCUAGUUACCAGCGCCGUCUGUAGAGGAAAUUCCCCGCCUUCUGGGGUGGGAUUCUGUUGCCGUGGCCUCCGCCGUUGUAACCCGUAGACCAUAAUCCCAACUGCUGCGUCCUCAGUCAGCAGUUCGAUUUCAGAAGAUCCUUUUAGUCCUGACAUUUCUUGAUCAUGGGUGCCCUAGGCCACUUUAGCUCUUUAACGUUUCUUUGGUUGUUGUUGUUCUUCCUUACGCCAUGUAAAGGGUGUGCUAUUAGUUGAGUUGUAUGUGCUGCCCCAAGGUGAACCAUUUUAUUUUAAAAAAAUCUUUUGGGUGAUUCCCUUAACCUUGGCACUCUGUUUGGCCUCCGGAGCAUCGUACAUUGGUGCACACUGGACCUCUUAAAACCAAAGUAUGGCGUGGGUGGGGGGGUAGUUUCGCACCAAGAACGAUGAUCGCUUCAGCUUCAUCUGUCUGGCCUUUUCUCGAGAUCCUGCCCAAUGAGAAAACAAUUCCACCUGGUUAACCUUCAUUUAAUGAUGUGAGAAUCACCUUUUCAAAUCGGCUCAGUUGCUUUUAUGUAACGGCAUCCUUCCUUGAUUUAUGACAGCCUAGGCUGGCAGGUAAACCUUAUGUUAGAAGUGAGUUUAGGUAACUUUUUUUUUUUUUUUUUUUGGUACCACUGUAAAUAAAAUGGACUCGGACAUUUUAGACCACCCAGUUGUGUUAUGAUUUUGGUGUGCGUUUGUGUAUGUGCGCAAGUUCCCAUUCGUUCACCCUUAUCUUUCUUUCAUCGGUAUCUCUGUAAAACCAGCCUCGCCCAGCUUUGUCCCACUGGAGGGUUUAUCCUGUGGCUCCUAUCAUUCCCAACCAUUUUCCCCAUACGGGUUGUGGGUCAAGACGUCGGUGAUCCAGAAUCGCUGACCGGGGCUUAGUCUUGGAAUGAGUGCUCUAAAACAAGGGUGUGAAAGUCCAGCCCUGGGGGCCGAAUCCGGCCCAUGGGAUGCUUAGUUCCGGCCUGUGGGGCUGCUCUGGAAACAGCGAAGGACUGGCCCGUGGUGCCUCUGCCAGCAAAAACAGAGCUGGGAAGGGCGCAUGCUCCAUUUUUGCUGGCAGAGGGUUGCAGGGAAGCCGUCCUAGCUGAAAGCAGCUCACAAGGGCCACACGCACCUAAACAUUCUCCCCUCCCCCACUCCAUUUUCGGUGGCUGAGGGUUGCAGGAGGCCAUCCCAGCCAAAAAUAGAGCUCAGGAGCCCGUUUUCACUGGCAGAGCGCUCGGGCCACCACAAGCACCCCCCACCCCCCGACAUGAGUGAUGUCAAGCUGGCCACCCCUACCCUGGCCACGCCCAUCCCGGCCCCCUGAGGUCAAACACAACCUUGAUGCGGCCCUCAAUGAAAUCAGGUUUGAGACCCCUGCUCUAAAACAUUCCCAUGGAGGACUUAAUUCUGCCUGGGGGUCCUGAAAAUGCAGACCAGACGUCUCAAACUCAUUUGAAUUCCUAAAGAUCCAGCUUUCCUGCUCUUAAGUACCUAGCAUUAAUAGAACCGGAGUUACCUUUCCAUAGGUGAGGAACUCGGUGCACCUACAGCAUUAAAAGACAAGUUGUAGUUGCUAAGCCUUGUGUAAUACAGUACAGGUAGUCCUCGACUUAGGACCACAGUUGAGCCCAAAAUUCAUGUUGCUAAGCAAGAUAUUUGUUAACUGAGUUUUGCCCCAGUUUACAACUUUUCUCGCCACAUUCGUUAAGGAAACCACUGCCAUUUUUAAGUUAGUAACGGUUGUUAAGUGAGUCUGGCCUGCCCAUUGACUUGGCUUGUCAGAACGUCGUAAAAGGGAAUCACAUGACUCCAGGACAUUGCAACUCAUAAAUACGAGUCAGUUGCCAAACAUCUGAAUUUUGAUCGCGUGACCAUGAGAAUGCUGCAACGGUCCUAAGUGUGAAAAAAUGGCCACAAGUCACUUUUUUCAGUGCCCUUGUAUCUUUAAACGGUCACUAAAUGAACUGUUGUAAGUCGAGGACUGCCUGUAGCUGCGUGCACAAAGCUCUGUCCACCCGUUGUGUUCUAGAGAUAAAUGAACAUUUUCUUUUAGUCCCAUUGGGACCUCCAAGCUGUCUAUUUGUAUAAAAAAACACAGGCAAUGUAGCAUCUCUUUGGUGUGAUGCAAGAUGAGUUCUCAAGAUAGGAAGAAAGAGAAGUGUGCAGAUGUGACACUGGAAGCCGGGAAUAGUUUUGUUUAAGGUGAGCUAUUGUGAUUCCUGGCAACUCACUGUGCAAGUGUGUUGUGGCCUGUCAGCCACCGAUCCCUCCAGCAGCCGAAUCGAGGAGGAGGAGGAGGAGGCGUGGGAGUCGGGGUCAGCAUCAAGGCAACCUGAGUGCUUCGAGGGGGAAGAGGUAAUGGAGCUGUCACAGAGCGAUAGAGAGAGAGGCGGAGCCUGGGCCAUCCGUCAGCCCUCAGAUGGAGAGUCAACAGCCCCCAGGUCUGGAGGUGGCUGAUGAAGAGGAGGAGGAACAGCUGGGUCCAGUGCCUGAUGCAAGCAAGCAAAGGAGAGGAGAGGAGUGGAAAUCUAUGAGCCAGUCCUCAGGAAGGAAGAGCCACCGCUGCUAGCGAUGCCCCACCCUAGCUCUGGGGAUAAAAGGCAGGGGGCGGAGAUGAAUAGGUGUGGCCGACAACUAAUCAUCUCCCAUAUGGACAGACUUGUUAUCCUGUGGUAAGAGAGAAACUUUUUGCCGGGGCUGCUGGCGCUCCUAAUCUUGAGUUCACGUAAGAGGGUUUGUCGUGUUUGGGGAGCUGGGUCAGAACAGAGUAACAAAGGUUGCUUUUUCCCCCAAACCAAUGCUUGGUUUAUUUAUUGUGCUAGACUGUGGCUUAUUCAGCCAUGGUUUAAUAGCCAGGCUUCUAAUACACAUCAGUCAGAUCAAUUGAGUAUAGAUUCGUAAUCAGUCACAUCCAUGAAUUUCACUUUAAUUCAGCCUCAACAAGAGCUACCUCAGGACUCCAAACUAAUUGAAGAUUAAAGAAACUGGUUCCUGUUGCAAUAAAAAAAUAAAUCCAGGAGUUUGGGUCCUGAAGGACCCUGACUUUGGGUUCUCCUUUAUAACAAGGUUAGAAGUAGGAAGACUUGAUGGUUCAAUACUCCCAGUUAAAAGAACGUUUUCCUUUCAACACAAUCGUUUUUCUGCAUUUCUCCACUAUGAAAGACUGCAUUGGCAACGAGAGACAUUUGAGCAGUAAAAAUAAAUUUAAAAUUGGGAAAGGCUGAUGCACUGUAGCACCUCGACAUUUAAAUACUGCAAGGUAUUUGGAUAAGGAACUUGAUCCUGGCACUUUAAAUUUGAUUAUUAUUAUUAUUAUUUUUGUUACCGUUCAACUUAGCCGGUGUUGUUUCUUGGCAAGGUUUUUGUGGAUUCUUACGGCAUUGUAAUACGGAUCCUGUUAAUUCAUCCCUGCUUAAAAAUCAGUUAACGUUGAUAAGUACUUAAUUGUGUCUGGGUGUUUUUUUUUUCCUUAUAGUAUGUAAAAAAAAACUUUAUUUGCUUCUGAGAGUUGGGCCAUUCCUGCCUGAUCCACUGGACUUGAGAGUACAAAUAGUCCUUGACUUACGACCUCAAUUGAACCCAAAAUUUAUGUUGCUAAGCGAGACAUUUGUUAAGUGACACUUGUCCCCUUUAACGACUUUGCCACUUUGCCAUGAUUAUUAAGUGAAUCGCUGCAGUUGUUAAAAGUCAGGAAUCAAGCUUCCCCGUUGACUUUGCGUGUCAGAAAGUCACAAAUGUUGAUCACAUGACCCCAGGAUACUGCAAUCAUCAUAAAUAGGAAUCAGUUGCCAAACGGGCUGAAUUUGAAUCGCGUGACCAGGAGGAUGCUGCGGCUGUCAUAAGUCAUUUUUUCCAUGCCAUCGUAACUUCAGACUGUCACUAAAUGAACUGUUGAAAGUCAAGGACUACCUGUAUAGUCUCCAAGUCUAAAAAAAAUUGUGCUGUUGGUUGUAUAGGCUGACUAGCCAGAAAAAAACAUUUAUGACUUGCUUUAAUUUUGGUCACCGUAUUACAAAAAAGAUAAGACUUGGGGGGGGGGGGAAAGCAUAAAGAAGAGCAACUAAGAUGAUCAAAGGCCUGGAGACUAAAACAUGAACAACUGCUGCAGGAUUUGGGUUUGGCUAGUCUAAAGAAAAGAAGAAUUAGGGGUGACAUGAUAGCAGUCUCCCAAUUAUUGAGGGACUGCCAGAAAGGAGGGGGUCAACUUAUUUUCCAAAGAACCAGAAGGCAGGACAAAAAACAAUGGAUGGAAACUAAUCAAGGAGAGAAGCAACCUGGAAUAAGGAGAAACUUCCCGACAGAGAGGACAAUUAACCAGUGGAACAGCUUGCCACCAGAAGUUGUAGGUGCUCCAUCACUGGAGGUUUUUAAGAACAGACUGGACAGUUACUUGUCUGAAAUAGUGUAGAUUCUCCUGCUUGAGCAGGGGGCUGGACUAGAAGACCUCCAAGGUCCCUUCCAGCUCAUUCAUUCUACUCUUAAUUUCAACAACCCCAGAAGAGUUGAUUAUUAACCAGUCCAUUUUAGUGCUGCUCGUUGCAUGAGUCCUGUUCCUUCCAAACGGCAACGGGGGCUCAAAGCUACAAAAUCAACUGUUGAUCCAUGAAGAUGCUUUAAGAUUUUGUCCAUGAAUUCCUGUGCAUCUCACUGGACAGAAGGGGAAUCCUGGAGAAGAAUAAGGCACAAA